AUGGCGACAACAUCGUUUUCCCCCACCGUCCCGCCGCCCAGGGAGGCUGAUGAUACCUGUGGCUUCGAUCCAUUUCCAGUAACAUCACUCGGCUUCCCUGUAGACGGGGCUCUCCCGCUGCGGUGCUCGGAUCCCCUCAUGACAUGCAGCACCUCCGGGUCCUACAAAGGGUGUUUCUCGACGAUCCCUACGACGUGCUACGAGACCUCCACGCUGUCGAGGCCAUGCGAGCCUGACGAGCUGUGUUGUGGGACGGGGUCUAACACGGCGUGCUGGACCUGGUUUUCGCUGGAAGACACCCGCACAUUCAGUCUCUUCAUAUGCAGCACCGUUUUCGGGGUAGGCAUUCUUCUGCCGGACUCGACUAUGGCGACACCUAGUUCCGGGACGGAUCCUUCGAGCACGACCGACCUGCCUGGGACAAACACGGACACCACCGCGACUGCUUCCUCGGCUGGCACCUACACAACGGCAACCGGCGCCUCCGCCGCCACGAAAGCUGAUACCGCCGCAACGGGGCCCACAUCUCGGACACCAGAAGGCGGCGGCGGAGGAGGAAUCUCUGUUGGUGCCAUUGUGGGGAGCGUCAUCGGGGCACUGGCAUUGAUGGGCAUGCUUCUGGGUAUCGUCUUGUUCAUCUGGAUGCGGUCCAGAAAGGAGAAGAAGAAGCGAGACGCCGCCGAGCCGGAACCCGUGAGUCCAGCGAUUGGGCCGGAUGACAUAAUCGUGGCCCCGUACCGGUCGGGCGCGAGGGUGUCCGCCCCGCCGUUGUACGACGGACGACCAUCGAUGGGGCCUGGGGAGGCUAAGAGCCCGCCUCCGAGACCGGCCAGGAGCCCGGAGAAGAAGAAGAUCAACCUGACCGAGGGCGGUUGGUUCUAA